CACCGGAGUCUCUGUGCUUGUCGAGGUUUACAGAGACGGCCGAGUGUCUGGUUGUGCCAAAGGGCUGAACUAACCUAAGCAUUGAGAAAGUUUGAUGAAAAAUUUCUACUACUAUCGUGACAAGUAUAUCCUAUUUAUAUAGAAGAGAAGAGAAUAAUUUUGACAUGCCCCCAGGAGGAGGAGAUGACAUAAACUUAUUAGACAUUCCACGCAAAAAAGGAGAAAUGGAUGAUGAAGACGAAAAAGAGAGGCAAAGUCAAGUUAGGGCAUUUCAAGAGAGAAUUAAUAAAGGUGGUAAGCCCCUAAAUAUUGCCUUUAUUGGACCAGCUGGCAGUGGAAAGUCCUCACUUUGUAACUCGAUCAUGGCGACUUUUUGUGUGAAUGGAUGGAGAGAACGGGCUACUGUUGGACACUUUGGAGGUCAUGCGGAACAGGUCACUCAUCAUUUACUGAGCUUUCCAAAAGUGGAGUACUUAGACUUUGAUGCGCUAUAUGACUACAAUUAUCCUACUUUAGUGGACAUGAAUGGUUUCGAAAACAACUGUGAUGAGCUGACUGAGGAACUUCUGCGUAUUGUCUUCUUCGGAAGGCUACCUAAUGAAGAAAAACUCAUGGAUGCUGUCAAAAUUUCAAAGCAGAAAGGAAUUGAGGGCUUAAGAGAUCAUUACUCUAAAAACCAUGAAGAUUUAAAGAUAGACAGAAUAAUAUUUGUGGCAUCAGCAAAAAGUGAACUCCCUACACGCCUAAUGGAGGCUGUUAGAAAAACAGCUCUGAAAGAGGGAAGAGUUAUUCCAAUCUUUGGCAUUCUGACACAUCGAGAUGAGGUAGACAGGGAGGACGCCGACUAUAUCAAACUGGAGACAGAUUUCAGACAUGGUCUUGGAUUCUCAGAGAACCGCUUCUUACUUUGUACAACAUACUGUGAUGCUUAUGAUAAAUAUGUUGGAAAAAGCCGUCUGGAUCAUAGACAUCCAGAACUGGACAUCCCAAUCCUAAAGUUCAUGAGACAGGUCUGUGAUCCAGCUUUAAAAGUAAUCAAAGAUAAAACCACUUACAACCAAGAGGAACCACUGACUCCCCCGACACCCGGAACUGAAAGGCAACAAUCGGAAGUCCAAGCCAAACAGAGGGAAGACCAAAAACUGAUAAAGAUGUGUAUUAAAGGAGGAGCCAUUGCAGUUUUUGUUUGGAUUAUUCUGCCUUUUAUAUACAGCUAUAGAGACAUUGCCAACAUCUGUACCCAACACAGUUAUGGUGGCUGCAAAUUUCGUGAUCUGACGACUUUUUGCGAUGAAAGAUCCUCCAUGCAUGUGUGGAGGAUUAUUUUUUCUCUUCUGUUUGCUGCAUUCACUAUGGGACUGGAUUUUCUUUGUGAGAAAUUUGAUUUGCCUACAUAAAUGUAGGCUAUCAAUGACUCGUCUGAAAAUCUGGAGCAAAAACAUAAAAAAAUAAUAAUAAAUAAAUAAAUAAAAAUAAGAAUUGGGAUGGGGAUAAGAUUAUUAUUUUUUUUUUUAAGUGUAUAUAGAUUGUAUGACUUAUGACAUAAAAUGUUCUUAUCACAGUGUUUCAAUGGAAGUUGAAGGUUUUACAUGCAUCCUCCUUAAAAAAAGGUAAUUGAAAAAAUCAUAACAGUUAGUGGUACUAAAUGAUCUUCUACAUGAAACUGUGUUUGUUAGUGCACAGGAACUUAAGUCUUCAGCUAUACAAGUCAUUGAAAAAAGAUUACCGGUAUACAAGGUUGAUUUAUUUAAAUCAAAUUAAUGUUUUAUUUAUAAGCUUAAGCAAAAGAUGUUCAAAGAAUUAAGAAUUUUUGUGAUAUUUAUUUCCUGUAUGGGACAUUGGUUUGUUUGUUGUUUGUGUGCCUUAACUCCCUUCGGGACUUCUUUCAUUCAUGUUGGGAUGGCAUAAAAUGCUAUAGUGCAAGGCUGAAAAAUUUGACCUGUACUCGACACUAAUGAGCUUUCAUUGAGGGAUCGUUUUCAUGCUGGCACCUAUUAGGACAUGGGACUUCUGCUGGUAUGGUCUUAUCUGAUGCACCUCUCUAUGUCCUGUAGUGGAAGGGACAUAUGAUAAUUAUAACGAAAAACUAAGACGAUAUUAGCAUGAAGAAUUAUCAAUGUUUUUAAUCUUGUAAAAGUUAUGCGUGUAUAACAUUUUUAAAAAAAAUUUAUGAUGUUCAGACCUAAAAAAAAAUAUUUUGAAAAAUUACUGUAAAUCACAAGUUAAAGAAUAAAGAGACUAAUUGAAACAAAAAAAUGGAAGUUGAUAUUGGGAAUCCUAUGCUUAAUAUUCCCUUGUAUUAUAUGUAAAUGUAUGAUUGUAUUCAAACUUACAUCAUAUUUAGUUUUUAGGUAGCCUGCCUAAUUUCUUGUCACAAAAUAACAGAAAAACAAAAGCAUCUUCUAUAGUUAUAGAGAGGUUUUAUAGAGAGCUUGAAAGGUAAAAGGUGUUUUUAUUCAAUGUAAAAUUUGAAAUAAAUGUUAAUGUUUUUGCA